GUAGGCAUUACUGCCAAACCCGGCUUGGGGCUGCUCACGAGCUCACUGCAGCCAAUGCAAUUGACAAAUCCAACUCUUUUAAAACAGCAGCAGUGUGUGGUAAGUCAAUUAUUCAUUCAUACUGGUUUACUGCCCUGGGAUUUUUAUUUUUCUCACAGCCUUCUUCACAUGACAGGUCUCUGUUGCUGGCACAAUUGCGCAAAAAAAGCCAACAGUGUAAACAGUGUAAAAUUAAAGAGUAGGCUGGUUUCCCCUGUAGCCUCACUGAAAACACCAUGACAUGAUGAAACAACAGAGAUCUUUGACGCACAGAGAUUUCUGCAGCAUUUUUUGUGUUUGAUUCUUUGCUGAAAAAACAACAUGCCCCACGCGCGAAAUAGGAACCCUAGCCCCAUCCCAGAGGUAACAUGGGACACGGGAUUGAAGGAGAUGAACGAGACCUGGAAAGGAGCUAUUGCCUGUCUCGGGGUGGCCGUCUUCUUUGUCAUGACCAUCGGGAUCAUAUACUGGCAAGUGGUGGACCAGCCCAACAAAAACUGGAUUCUCAGGGGGACUUUUAGCGGACUGAUCUGGGAGAGACGGACCCACUCGCUGGUCAUACAGACACUAACGGAGGACAAGACCUAUGUGGAGAUAGACGUCGGGAAUGUAGGGAACCCUGACAUCGAGGUUCCCUUUGUGAGGAACCUGUGUUGGCUCAAUAAAACGGAGUUCUGCUACACGUGGGACUCAGUGGCCGAGGUGAAGAUCUCUCUGGAGGUGAAUGAGGAGACGGAGACGGAAUGCUAUAGUAUGAGCUGGGCACCGGUGCACUGUCAUGUGGAGCUGAAGGACUGCUUCUCCAUGACCAAUGUGUCCUGGUAUGGAGGGGCCAGUGUCCGGGGUCAGACCUGGCCUAUCAAUGAUCAGAACGCCACCAUGCAGCCAUUCACUGUGAGCAACCUUAAGGACAAUCCCUCGGGCUUCGGCUCAGCCCUGGAACGUUACUUCCUGGGCUCAUCAGGUGUAGCAGUGCUUGUAUCUCCAGAUAUCCCCCUGCAGCUGGGGGUGGACAGCAGACAACAGUUCUGCCUGCAGUCACUGCCCAGUAUGGAGCGUCUACCUUUGCAGUACACUGUGUGUGUGGCCCGCGAUGUGAAAGCUGCACACCAGGAAGCAGUGCAACAGCUCUCCCAGCACAGGAGGGAGCUGCCCAACAUGAAAGCACUGUGGCUGCCGUUCUGGAAGCUGCUCAGCAGUGUGGAUUCAGGGCCGAAGGUGGAGAGGGAGCUGAGGACCUUCUCUAACCGCUUGAGGAGACACCAGCUGGGGGAGGGAGUCAUCAGCCUCAAUGAACAUUCCACCACCCUCCUCUCUGAUAUGGACCAUGACUACCUCAACAGCAGGAGAAGGGGGAUGUCCAAGAGACUGACCAGGGACCUCCCACUUGUCAAGCUUCUUAACAUUUCCAUCACCCUGUCCCCUUUCCUGGCCGUGGACACCACACAGUUCCACACCUCCCUCAUGGACGGCACCGAGGCCUACUGGCUCAGUCUGCCCUCGGCCCCUCAGGGACAGCUGGUCCCUGUGAUGAGUCAGUGGCGAGGGAAGUUCUGUGUCAAGCUGAACAUCACAAACCCAGGAGCAGUGAGUUGGUUCCUGGAUCGAGUGGGAUCCCUUCAGGCCCAUCUGGGGAUGGAGUACGUCAUACUGGAAGGGGGCGAAGGGAAUCUGUUUGAGAAGCAAGGACUGCGAUCGCCACAGGCUCUCAGUGGGGACAACUACAUCAGUCUACUGGCUGAUGUAGCCACAAAGAUGGGAGACACCACCAUUGUGACAGCAGGCACACGGUCAAGUCACAAGCCUCUGUUUGUGAGGAUGGCCCCCCUGCAGUCGGACUGGAGCCUGAUGGGCCUAAGAGGCAUCAUUCCCUCCCUGCUGCACCACAGUCUGCUGGGAUACAACUUCCUCAUUCCUGAUGCAGUAGGUGGCUCCCAGUCCGGAGAUCUGGUCACAGAUGAGGAGUUGUUCAUCCGGUGGCUGGAGAUUGCAGCCUUUCUCCCCGUUAUCAGCUUCCACACACCACCUUGGGUCGUUGGAGAGGACCGGGUGAUGAACCUGACCCGGAGCUACAUAGCAAAGCACCAGAGGGACGUGGUACCGCUGAUAGAGAGGUGUGCAGAGGAGUGGCGAAUAACGGGAAACCCCAUCUACCGUCCAAUUUGGUGGCUUAGUCCUAGUGACCCUAUGACUUUCACCAUCGAUGACCAGUUCCUCAUCGGCGACGAGGUCCUGGUGGCUCCAGUGAUGGAGAAAGGGGCACUGCAAAGGGAUAUUUAUUUACCUGACGGGGGUUUUCAGUGGCUGGACAGCCAGAACGCCCAGGUGUUCAAUGGGGGGACGUUCCUACAGGACUACCCUGUGGCCUUGGAGGAAGUGGCUGUUUUCUUACGGAGGAGCUGAGUCACAUGACGGAUUCACAGAGUCCCCUGACUUAUCCUGUUACUGUUUUGAAUUAAAUUCUUCUUUUUUUUUGUGCUGUUCUCAACUUGCACUUUUCCACUAAAGACCAUUGACCCUGUCUCAAGGUCCUGUCUUGAGAUAAAAUGUAGAAAGAUUUUUUUUUAUACUUGCACUUUACAGUUAAAAAUGAUUUGUAUUUUUUUCCUUUGUGACUUUUUUUUCAUCCUUUUUUUUAAAGUGUUAAUCAGUUUUACCUCUUGGCUGAUUUGUUUCUGGACUCUUUGAUUAUUCUCUGCUUUUGUUUGUAUCUAAGUUCUGGAGAAAUCUGUGUGUUUACGUACUGCAUUUUUACAGUCUUUAAAUUUUGAUUUGCUGCUGGCUCUCUUGAUAAGGAGGAACAAAGCAAGCCCCUUGUUUGCUUAAAAAGAAUCUGAAUCUCUCAAGAAGACCAAAUGAAGAUAGAGAAGGACAACGGGAAAUGUUUCAAAGGAUUUCACAGGAGGAAAUGCUUGUAGGGUGGAAAUUUGCCGGCAGAGAGCUCUGUACCAAGGCCAUUACACCAUGGUACUUUAUGUCUUGCUAACUCAUCAGAAAGGCUUUUACUUGAACUAAUCAGGCCUUUUGUCUGAUGUUUAUGAAUGUACCUCAAGUUAUGGUUUUUCACUGCUUUACUUAUUACAGUCAACAACCUAUCACCCCUUAGCACUUAUUUUUGAUAUAGUUUAACUUAUUUAUCGACAUACCACUUUGUUGGACAACUCUAUGUCCUUAAGUACUGUAGGCCAGAAAAACUUGAGGCCAAGCCACUGUAAUUGUAACUCUGGCUAUAUUUAAAUUAAGAUUAGCUGUUACCUUCUUACUAACCUGCUGUAGUACUGGCUUUCAAAGAAGCUGCUUAAUUUUUCGAUAUUGUGUUGAUGUACUCCUCCAUCUUCAUGUGUGCCAAAUUAGGUUACAAAGUUAGCCUUGUUGACGAUGCCGCAAAAGGUUAAAAGGAGAUUUUUGAUUGAUAGUUUGACAUGUUGAAAAAACAUGUACGUCACGUUCUUCAAGAGUGAGACAAAGAGACAAAUAACACUCUCAUAAUUGUGUGACUAAAUGUUGAGUUACUACAACCAUCUGGAUAAGCAUAGUGCUAAGACAUGUUAUGGCUAAUAGCUAAGACUGUAAGCAUUGGUAAACAGCAAGCAUAAUCCAGGGCCAGACUGAGCUUUUAGCUGUUAGCCAAGACUGUAAACAUUGGGGGAAAAAUGUUUACAUGGUCCACAGCUAGAUUGACCUGAAAGACUCAUUAUCUGGCUUAAUAGCACUACACUGUUCCUGUCAAAACAAACAAAUAUAGAAUGGAUAAAUAAAUUGCUUUGCCUUGACAAAAAGGGUACAAAUUACAUAUUUUUAAAUAUGUAUAUGCCUGAAUAUUUAGUUUACAGAAGUAUAUACUUUCUCCAGGUAUUUGUUUUUACACUAAAUUUGCUAACCAUCUCCACAUAACCUAACCAUGUCCUUGCUAUAGACAUCAUUAACUGUAAAAAUAUUAGAGUGGUAUCUUUUUAUUAUCAAAAUCUCACAUGAAAGCAAGUAACUGUUUUUCUUACAAUGUCAAACCUUUUUCCAACAGAAGGAUAUUGGGCAGAAAAGCUCUGAAGACUCCAUAAAUGAUCAAUAAGAUACUUUUUAUAUGUCAUAAAUAUCAAAACACUCCCUCACGCUUUUAUGUCACAGAGUUGCAUUCACCACUUUUUGUCAGCCCUGGGGUGUAAUUGAAUUUCAGCUUACGAGUCACUAAGCUUACUAUUUGGGCAGUUUGACUCUCAUUGUAUACUUUUAUUUAGCCGACUUACUCAUGCCACUAAUUCUUUUUAAAUUGACUUAACACUUAAAGCAAAUGGUAUGUAAAUGAGAAAACUGAUUUUGAUUUGUUACUGUAUACAAACUAGCUGAUGCAAGUGUAUCUAUCUUUUACCAUAAUGCAAUUCCCUCUGUACAGUUAGUAAGCGAAUGGUGCUCUUGUUAGUAACUUUGCUUUAUUGAUUUGUUCUUCAAAACCUUAAAUGGCCAGCAGUGAUGAUACAGAGUGAAAUAUCACUAAGUGAAUGCUUUACCACUAAAUUGAUUGUGUAACUUUGAUCUAUUAAGUUUACUGUAUCAACUCGAACACUCAGGUCUUCUGAAGCUUAGCACAUCACCAAAGUCUUAGUGCAACAGAAUAUGUUGCUAAAUAUUGACGUCUUAAUCUCUCCUAGAGCUGAAUGUACAAUGGACAAACUGUGAUUUCCCAACCGAGCCCUUGAAGUGAGGGACUUUUCAAGUUCCUGUUCUGAUGCCUUUCAUUGAAUGCUGUGGCAUGCUCUCAUUUAAGUUGCAGGAAAAGCUUUUGAUGUGUUAUUCCUUCUCCUACAGACUGAGCAAACCAUGUGCCUUAAUAUGCCACUCUUAAAUCUGGGCAACCCAAAUGUCUGGAUUAUUGCAGUAUCAGCAAUGUACAUAUUACGAUGACUGUGCCAUUACAAGUGUUUUUCUAUUCUGUAAAUCAGAGAACUUAGAAUGACAAAGUUGCAAUAAAGUUUACAUUUUCUUACUUCA